GUAAAUUACACGUUUUAUCUACGAAAUCAGUCAAGUGCAUUUUCAAUAAACCAAGAUCCUUCAAACAAAACGGACAGGUUCGCCGCUGUUUGAAACAUAUGACCAUGAUGAACGGGAGGUGUUGUAACCUAUAACUGACAAGUGUGAGAAAGAAUAAAACAAAAAAUGGACUUGUCUGGCCGAAAGUCUGAAGAGUCAUUCAUGGAUACGAAAAGGAAGUCGUCUGCUGAAGAAGAUGAAGUCUUCUGUCAACCAUGUAGCAGUGAAGGUGACUGCAUGGUUGCUGUCGGAUACUGUGAAUAUUGCAACGAAUACAUGUGUGCUAAUUGUUUGAAGGUUCAUCGUAAACAAGCGAUGUCCAGACAUCAUAACAUUCUAGAAGGAGAAAACAUGCCAAAGGAAGAAGGGUCAUCCGUGGUAUUAAAUGCUUGUUCUGAAUUGUGUGCCAAACACAAAAAUGAAGUUGUGAAAUUCUUUUGUUCAGCACAUGAUGUAGUAGGAUGCGGUGAUUGUAUAGUGACACAUCAUAAAACAUGUAAAGUAGACCAUAUACAAGAUAUAUCAACAAGCUACUUCGAUGGUGCUGAACAUCAAAUACUCCAACAGAAUGUAGAACAGUUCCUGAAGAACAUAGAACAGAUAAACAGAGAGAUAAAGACAAGUGGGAAAACAUUGCAACAAGCAUACAUGAAAGCAGAAAAUGAUAUAAAAGCAUUUAAGAAAGAAAUUACUGAUUUUCUAGAUAAGGCAGAAGCUGACAUACUGGCGGAAUUGAAAAAGAGGAAACUAAGUAGCGAAAAGCGAAUGUCAGAUCUGCAAGAACAUGAAAAUACCAUGAAAGACGAUAUCCAAGAAUUGCAUGACAAACUGCAACUACAGUUAAAUAAAGCAAACAAAUUAUUUGUAGCUGCUAAAGAAAUGAAGUACAGAAUCACGCGCAUAGGUGACAGCAUAAAGCAGUUGCAACAAGACUGCCAGUUCAAGAAGUAUGACUUUGUUUGUUCUAAACAUGUCAAAGAAAUGUUCGCAUCAAAGUUUAAGCUAGGCGAACUACUGGUAAAGGGAACAUUAACUGGAAAGACAAUAGAAGAUAAGACUUCAGUGGAUAAGAAAGUUAUUGCAGAAAUGGAACCACACAUUGACGGUAAAAUUGCAAUAAAACACCAGAUGAUAUGGCUGAUUGUUUUAUUGAUGUUUGUGCUCUUAUUUCAUUCAGUCCUAUAAGGCAACGAAAAUUAGAAUUUGUAGAUAUUGAAAAGAGAAGAUUAUCAACAAAGUACAAUCUUAAAAAUGGCCCGAUUGGAUUAGCUGUUGUGUGCCAUGGUCGAAUUGCUGUUACACUACCUAAUGGAAAGAAAAUACAGUUUCUAACAAUCUCACAGAUGACAAAAUCACUGAAACAUACGUCAUAAAUUUGAAGGGCGACUGUAGAAAAAAUGUUUACCAGGAACAUAAGAUAAUAGUUGCAUACUAUGAUCAUAUUGUAAUUAUGUGCAUGGAUGGACCACUGGCACCAGAACAGAAAGAAAAUGUCUCUGUACAUGUUAUACCUUACCCCUAGGUAUUCUAUAAGAACCAUGUUCAUGAAGGGGAAAAUUUACUAACCCGUUUCAAUCGCGCAUUUCAUACUUAAAACACGCAGUUCGGUACAUAUGUACUAUGGAUAUCAAACAUGUGGUGAUUUAUCUUCCAUUGUGUCCCGGUCACAUUUCUUCAAUACUUCUUAUCUUAGAAAAACAACGCGUAGUUUAUAGUUAUUUCAACGUUACACAAAAAAACUUGCUUGACCUUCCCUGGUGAAGUUCCGUUCUAGAUUACAAAACCAUUCUGAUUGUAUGUCAAUCGUCAUUUUACUACACGUGUUCGCUAAAAUGUGAAAAUGCGGCAUAAAUGUGCAAAAUCAAUAAAAUAGACAGAACAGAUGCAGACCAAUGUACGAUUUCAAACUAAAGAGCAUAUACAAGAUGAAUUUCAUUCAUCAUUUACAGUGUUAGUGUAAAAUUGUAUUUUUUUUAAAUUCUGUUUUUGUUUGUUUACAUUUCGCCAAACAUGUGCACACUGCCGUGACCUCUAGACCGGAUGUUCAUCAGAGAAGGUCAUGCAAGUUUUUUCUGUAACGUUGACGAAAGCAUAAAAUAUGUUGAUAAUCUCAGCAAUAUGGAAUAUUGAGACAAGGUGAAUGGUGCACGAUGGAAGAUAAAUUAUCGCUUGUUAAAUAUACUAGAUACCCAUUCACCGAACUUCGCGUUUAAGUUGACGAUUGCAACGGGUUAGUAUAUUUUCCCGUUUAUGACCAUGGUUCUUAUAGAAUACCUAGGGGUAGGGUAUUACAUGAACAAAGGUAUUUUUUCUGAUCUGGCGCCAGUGGGAUGGACAAGAGAUAAAAUCUAUCCCCAAUUCAGAACUGGCAUGGAUAAAUGACAUUGCUACUGGUUCCAAGACUGUUUAUGUUUCCCUUGGUUUAUAUCGCAACUUUAACGUUUCCAGGUUUAAAUUUGGAGGAAAACAUAUUGGAGCAUACACGGAUAAUCCAUCACAGGAGGACUCAGUGUAACUAGAGGUGGUUCAGUGCUUGAGUGUAACUGGGAAGAAGCUGAAAGUAUUCAUACGGUAUCAACAGAAGUGCACGAGGAUCAUAGAAAUUUUGAAGUAUAAUCAACAUGUUACUUACCCAUGUUGUGUUUCGUUCUGCGAUGAAACACACAAGAAACUCAAGAAUGUUUUGAAAAUAUUUCAGUUACAGUAGAAGCAACGUAAAUUAAUUUACAGGUUCAGAUUUGAAUUGAAUGGUGUUUUUGAAUAAAGCCUAUAAUUUGGUUGUAGCAUGAAAAAAAAUAAUAAAAAAAUAAACAAUU